UCCCGUCACUCAAACACGAGACGUGUGUACGUGCUCCCGACCCCUCGAAUAUCGGUUUUUUGUAAUCAGUUCUUCGAAAUAUCUCGCGCCAUAGAGUCGCUUUUCGCACAUCCCGCCUCCUAACCGUCAAACUGUCACUAAAAAAUGCUGAGAAAACGUCCGAAGUUUCUGUAGAUCGAGCGACUUCAUUCGCGAAUUUCAACUAAAAUGUAACACCGUACUUAACAUAACCACAAACCCAAUCACAAUGGCAACCCUGUACAAGAAGGCCUGGAAGCUGCAGGAGCUGAUGGCCCACGACGCAAACGUCAACUGCUUGGCUCUGGGGCACAAAUCCGGCCGCGUUAUGGUCACAGGAGGCGACGACAAGAAGGUGAAUUUGUGGGCAAUCGGGAAACACAGCUGCUUCAUGAGUCUCAGUGGCCACACAACCCCCAUUGAGUGUGUCCAGUUCAACCAAUUCGAGGAGCUGGUGUGCGCCGGCUCGCGCGCUGGGGCUCUCAAAGUCUGGGACCUGGAGGCCGCGAAGCUCGUGCGGACCCUCAACGGCCACAAGAACGCAAUCAAGUGCAUGGAUUUUCACCCGUACGGGGACUUUCUGGCGUCCGGGGGGUCCGACAGCACGAUUAAAAUGUGGGACAGUCGGAAGAAAGGGUGCAUUUUCACCUACAAUGGCCACAAAGCCACCAUCAAUAGCUUGAAAUUCAGUCCAGAUGGGCACUGGAUCGCGUCUGGGAGUGACGACUCCACGGUGAAAAUCUGGGAUUUGCGGGUGGGUAGGGUGUUGAAGGAUUUCGGGGACCACUUGAAUUCGGUGACGUGUGUGGAGUUUCACCCGCACGAGUUUUUGUUGGCGUCGGGGAGUGCCGAUAGGUCUGUGCAGUUGUUCGACUUGGAGAAUUUCACGGUGGUGACGAGUGAGAGGGAUUUGGGGUUGGUGCGGUGUCUCUGCUUCAACCCGGAUGGAGAGCGGCUGUUCGUGGGGGUGCGAGACUACUUGAAAGUUGUGGGGUGGGAGCCGAAUCGGCUGUUUGAUUCUGUGUGCGUGAAUUGGGGCAGGGUUAGUGAUAUCUCCAUCGCCCAGAAUCAGCUGGUCGGCGCCUCUUUCCACUUGACCAACGUCCAGGUCUACGUCGUCGACCUGAACAAAGUCCACCCCAUGACGCCCACCAACGACAACGUCCCCAGCCCGUUCACCCCCAACCAGAGCAUCAGGAAGAGCUUCUCCAAGGCGGAACGCCCCGUCAGCCUCAAGAACCGCUCCUUGGACGUAAAAACCAUCGAGGAGAGCACCUCCGGAACCGACCCGGAGGAGGAUUCCACGGCGGAAGUGACGAACCUGACCGACUACAACGAGAUCUUCAAAGGACGAGGAUUAAUUCGGACGCCCCCUCCUCUGGAGCCCGAACCCUUCCAAAGACCGGAACAUGACUACUCUGACCCAGCGGAACCCCAAAUUCUGGCCGACAUCACAACCGACAAUUUCGAGGCUCUCUCACUGGACAACAACAUUAACAAUUACACGCCGCCACCAGCCGUCAUGUCUUCACAGUAUUCGCGCUCCAAGUCAAACUUGGAUCAGGUGUACGUCAGCAGGCUGACCAAACAACAAGAUCGGGAAAAUAUCGUUCCUAGUUCCAAUAAGAACAAACAGCAGGUGCCACAACAACCACAACAACCACAACAACAACAACAACAACCUCCACCGCCACAGCAUAUGCAGACGCCGAGGUUCCACCUUCAGAGACAAAGUAGUUGCAAAGACGUGCCAGAAAGCUCACCCAAAUCCAACAGUAUUAUCAAGCACAGCGUUUCCGAGGCCAACAUUAGCAAGACCACCAUGUCUUCAAAGAACAACAAUUCCUCGCGGAAGAACUCGUUUUCUAGACCUAGUCGAAACUCUACAUCUACAAGCGUACCUAACGUAUCGAAAAUCCCCACGAACAGUGCGCGGACGGGCGACAAGACUGUCAAAUCACCGCCAUCUUACAUUACUAGUACACCUGUAGACAUUUACGUUAGUUCGAAAAUUUCGCCGGAUAACAGUCCGACGGAAGAGGAGUUCGUGCCGGUGUCGAUCGACAGACCGGUGGGGCUAGAUUUAGACGACUUUCUGCCGAAAAAUCACCGGACGCUGGGUUUCCAACAGCAGCUGCCGGACAUGUCGGAGGCGGAGGUUUUGGGGGCCUUGAUGCGGGGUCACGAACCGAUGAUGGCCAUGUUGGUGACGCGCCAGAGAAGUCUGAAGCUGGUUUUAGCUCAAUUUAGGUCUAAGGACGUGAAGGCCGCCACCGAGGCGGCGGUAGCGAUGGGGGAUCUGGCCGUUUUGGUCGAUUUGUUGGGGGUUUUUAACCUUAAGUAUACUCUAUGGAACUUGGAUUUGUGUGUGCUGAUUUUGCCGAAAAUCCAAGAUUUGUUGCAGAGUAAAUUUGAGACAUACAUGACGACGGGUUGCAACACCCUCAAACUCAUCCUCAAGCACUUCGGUCACGUGAUCAAGAACAACGUCCAGUCGCCCGUGGGCACCUUCGGCGUGGACAUCACCCGCGAAGAAAGGUACAAGAAGUCCGUGAAGUGCCACGAGGUCCUGCAGAAGUUGCGAACGCUGAUGGCCAAGAAGCAGUCGAUGCCGGGCUCCGUCGGCUCCGCCUUCCGAGAGGUCACGACGCUGAUGCAGAGCACGCUCGACUGACGUCCGCCCAAGCUGGCCCAAGUCAAGCAUCGGAGCGUCUGAGGCGCCGCCAUGACUGCAGAAAUGGUCUCGAAUCUCUAUUUUUUAACUAAGUUUUUUCCUUUAACGUUGUGAUCCAGUCGAAAAAAUGCGGAUUUUGCGCUAGGACAUUUUUUUGGCUUCGUAACCCGUUCUGUAAUAGAUGAAGACUUGCAAUUCCGUCCAGAGAACGAACAAGUAGGAGUAUUUUGUAUGAGGAGUAGUUGCGGAUUAACAGUUAACGAUACUUAAUUGAGAGUUACUAAAGUAGUUAGGUAUUUAUUGUAACUGAGUAGGUGUAGACGAAGAGAAUGAUGGCGGUUGGUGGUGACAAAAUCUGGUUUCUUGCCUGUUUUAUUAACACGUUUUGUGCCAUUUUUAUGUUUUUUUAACGAUUUUAAUUGUGUUUUUUGAACGGACCCGCUGGCAGAAACUAACCUCGAGGUUUCUCUUUUUUACCUGUAGUGUGUUGUAUCAUAACAUGUAAAAUAAUAACUAUUGUAAUAUUAUUUAUAAUAAAAACUAUUACUUAA